GGAUGAGACCCUGGGCAACCUGAUCUAGUGGGUAGCAACCAGCACACGGCAGCGGCUGGAACCAGAUGAUCUUUGAGCUCCCUUCCAACCCAACCCAUUCUGUGAUCCUAUUGUACGGAGCAGGAAGGGCUGCGGCUUGUGCUCGCUGCGGGGAGUGUGACACGGAACUGUGUCCUCGGGCGGGCUGUGUUCAAGUCACGUCCGGUGCUGAGUGAGCUGACACAGACGUGCACCCAGCAGGGCUGCAGGGUGCUGCUGACUGACACGCCGCGUUCCUUCGACUCUCCAGCAGCUGCAGUGCACACGGUGCGUGUCCUGGUAAAGGGGAGCAGCACUCGCGGGGUGAGAUCCAGCCCGAACAGCUCUGGUGGGAGGCCCCCAGCUUUGCACACCCAGCCUCAGAGCUGCUGGAAACUGAGCGCUGAGAAGGAGCUACAGCAUAACCAUGUCCACGCAGCGUGACAGGGACGGCAGGGAACCAGCAAUGCGGCUGCUCCUGGUUGGGAAGACUGGGGGGGGGCGAAGCGCCACGGGGAACACCCUCCUUGGGCGAUGUGCCUUCAAGUCCAAGCUGGCCACCACGCCGGUGACCCUGAGCUGCCAGAAGGAAGACGGGUGCUGGGACGGCAAGGACAUCACAGUGAUCGACACGGCCAACAUCUUCUAUUCGUGGGAUGACAACGCUCAGGUGCACAGAGAAAUCUUGCGCCUCGUCGAGCUGUCCUCCCCGGGUCCCCAUGCGCUGCUGCUGGUCACCCAGCUGGGCCGCUUCACCCAGGAGGACCAGGAGGCCGUGUGGGGCGUGCAGGACAUCUUUGGAGCCGACGUGCUCGGAUACACGAUCGUCGUGUUCACCCGUGGAGAGGAGCUGGUGGCGGGGUCGCUGCACGACUACGUGACCUACACUGACAACAAAGCUCUGCAAGACCUGAUCCAGCGCUGUGGGUACAGGUACUGCGCCAUCAACAACAGGGCCACCGGGGACGAGCGGAACCAGCAGGUCCAGGAGCUGAUGGAGAAGGUCUGCCAGAUGGUGCAGGAGAACAACGGCACGUCCUACAGCAACGAGAUGUACCUGGAUUGCAAUUUAACGGAAGAGAGGGUGAAGUAUCACGUGAAGAGGUACAGAGAAGUUAGGAAAAGCAUGGAGCAGCCCAGCUGGAGGAAAUACUGGAAGUGUCUCCUGGUUAUUGGGGUGGGUGUACUUAUCAUUCUCGUGGUUCUCCUAGUUUGCCUUAUCCUACAGAAGUCAUGAAUCCCACAGUCCCCAAACGGCAGAAUCACAGAGUACUUGGAGCUGCAGGCACCUUUGGAGAUCACCAGCUUCACCCCUGCCCAUCAGAGUCCCCCCCCCACCCACUGCCCAGGGUUGUAUCCUAUUGCAUGUUCAACACCUCCAAGGAUUCUGCCUGGGGGAGAGUUAAUUUUCUUCACCGAGGCUCCUGCAUUGCUGUAUUUUGGAUUUGGGAUGGAAUGCGUGGUGACAGCAGCCCAAUGUUCAGGUUGCUGUCAAGCAGUGCUCACGCAGAGCCAAGGGCUCUCCUGUCCUUGUGCUGCCCUGCCAGCGAGGGCUGGGGGUGCACGAGAGGGACUGGACAAAGGGAUGCCCCAUGGCAUACGGUGUCAUGCCCUGCAAUAAAACUGGGGAACAAAGAAGGAAGGGGGACUAUGGACUAAUGGAGUUUGUCUUCGCAGCAAAACAAGACACAUGAUGAGCCCGGCUUUCUUGGGAGUGGUUGAACAAGUGCCUGCAGAUGGGAAGUACUCAAUGCAUUCCUUGUUUUGCUGUGCUUGCUUUUCCCAUUAAACAGCCUUUAUCCCAA